AUGCAGACUGCUUCCACAAACAAUUUGUGUGAAAGACUGUGCAAUAAGUCCAUCCGUGAAAUUUCCUUGCUACUAAAUAUUCCACGGUCAGAUGUUAGUGGUAUUAUAACAAAAUGGAAGCAACAGGAACAACAGCAACUCAGCCAUGAAGUGGUAAGCCACGUAAAAUAACAGAGUUGGGUCAGCGCAUGCUGAAGAGCACAGUGCGCUGAAGUCACCAACUGUCUGCAGAGUCCGUAGCUAAAGACCUCCAAACUCCAUUGGGCUUUUAGAUUAACACAUCAACACUGUGUAGAGAGCUUCAUGGAAUGGGUUUCCAUGGCAGAGCAUCUGCAUCCAAGCCUUACAUCACCAAGUACAAUGCAAAGCAUCAGAUGCAGUGGUUUAAAGCACGCUGCCACUGGACUGUAG